AUGUCUGACUCAUUGCCUGACAGUUUUAAAUAUCGUUCGUUACAAUAUUCUACAAUCAAACAUCUUCUCUCUUAUCAUGACACCAUACCGUAUCCGAAACAACUGUACAUCUUUGGAAAUUCGAAUACAGGUAAAUCAUCUAUUGUUAAACAUGUAUUAGAAUCAGUGGUAACGAAAUCGAAUAUUAUUUAUAUUGAUUGUCGUGAAAUAUUUUCAUUGAAUAUGUUUUUUAAUUCAUUUUUUUCAUCUUUCAUAAAUGAUGUGGAUGAUAAAAAAAAAUUCUAUCCAAAAAAUCUCAAUGAAUUUAUUCGUAAAAUACGAGACUAUUGUUUUAAACAAAAGAAGAAACAACAACAUUAUUUUGUUGUUCUUCAUCAUAUUGAAUUACUUUUGCAGUAUGAUACAUCGUCAACAUUAUUGUAUAUUCUAUUUAAAUUGGAAGAAUUGACAUUGGAUUAUUUCAAAUAUACAUUAAUUAUGAUUAGUAAUAAAUCAUUUAAUAAUUUAAUAACAGAACAUACAAUAGAGGCAGAUCUUGGCUCGUUACUUCCAAUUACGAUUUUUUUUUCCGCUUAUACACGGACAGAAUUAAAUGGAAUUUUACAACAAACAAUAACCACAUUUCUUGAUUUAUCAUCCGAUCAACUUCAAUUAUUAAAACAAAAAAUUAGUAUUAUUCUUACAUUAGAAUUACAAUUAUUUUAUGAUGUAACAAAUGAUUUAAUCGAACUAAAAGAUAUAUGUUUAAUGUGUAUAAAAGAUUUUUUACGUUUAAAUGAACGAUCGAUUGGUGAUAAUGAUGAUGGUGAUGACGAUAUUGAUUAUCGAUUAUUUUAUCAAAAAGAAUUUUUAACAAAAGCAUUAAAUUCUGUUUAUACUCGAACAAUGAGUGUUCGAAAAUUUCUUGAUACACAUGAUAUACAACAAGUUAAAAUUAAUAAUGAUAAUAAUUAUUAUUCAACAUUAAAUCAACAAGAUGUUGAAUUACCCUUAACAUGUAAAUAUUUAUUAAUAGCUUGUUAUUUAGCUGCACGAAAUCCAUCAAAAUAUGAUAAACAAUUAUAUGAUAAACGUCAAAUAACAAAAAGAUCAAAACGUUCAAAAAUAGCACAAAAACGAAUAACGGGUAUGAUAAAAUCAACGAAUGAAAUUUUUAUAUCAAAACCUGUUCUACUUAAUCGUCUAUUGGCUAUUUAUUGUUCAAUUGUUGGUGAAAAUAAUCCUUUAACAUGUCAAACAUAUCAACACUUAACAACAUUAUGUUCAAUGGGUAUGUUAAAAUUAGUUGGAAAUAAAACGGGUAAUAUUAAUCUUAAUGAAUCAAAAUUUUUAUGUUUAAUAUCGUAUGAUUAUAUUAAACAAAUUGCAUCAUCAAUUCAAUUUCAAAUUGAUCAUCUUCUUCUGUAA